GGAUAACAUUAAGUUUGGGCUGCCAAUGGCAUUCACAAUCACACUUCUAUCUUGGAGCGUUAUUGAGUUUGGAGAAGCGAUGGGAAAUGAAAUAGAGCAUGCCAAAGAUGCAAUCGGAUGGGGCACUGAUUAUUUGUUGAAAGCAUCGGGAGACAUAAGCAAAGGAGUUCUAUAUGUCCAAGUAGGUAACCCUAUCAAGGAACACCCGUGUUGGGAGCGGCCAGAGGACUUGGACCACAGAGAGCCGCGACCGGUGUACAGUGUUACCGCUGAUAAGCCGGGAUCUGAGGUGGCAGGUGAGACGGCUGCCGCACUGGCGGCUGCUUCCAUCGUCUUCAAAGACUCCAAGCCUGGUUACUCCGAUCAGUUGCUCAAAAGGGCAAAAGUUGUGUUUGAGUUUGCUCUGAAUCAUCGAGGUUCUUACAGCCAAUCCCUUGGUGAUGUGGUCAGGAAAUUUUACAAUUCAGUCUCGGGAUACAAUGAUGAGCUUUUGUGGGCAGCAGCUUGGCUGCAUCAUGCUUCAGGGAAUGAUUAUUAUUUAGAUGCCAUUGCAAAGUUACGUG